GAAAAAAAUCAGGUGAGCUGUAAUAUCUUUCCUUAAACUGGAAAGGGCCCAAUAAUAAUCAGAGUUACUGGAAGUAAAACCACCUGCUUGUCAUAAAAAGAAGACAAGAUAAUUUACUUAAGAAACAAGGACUACUGAAGAGGAUAUUUAAAAAAAAAAUCUCCCCAAAAAGUUUCUAUCUACUGUUCCUUUAUCACUUUGCAUGUAAAAUACCUCUUCAGAUCAGUUGUAUCAGUAUGCAAUCCAGAGUCUUCUUAUCCAUAAAAUGUAGGAAUUCAGUUUUCUGCAAUCCAUUAAGACCCACAUUUCUAUCACAUUCAAAAAAUAAUGCUGAAUUCAUCAACCAAAAUCACUCAGUGCAACCACAAGAAAAGGAAAAACAAAACAAAACAAAAACAUAACCUCCAGCUACCACUCUCUGCCCUACUCAAAACAAUUAGCUGAUGUGCUCUGAAGCCACUUACAUUAAAGGACUGUGUUCCAAACUAAGUUAGCUGAGUGAUUACAGAUAUGUGCAGUUCUGUAAUAACUUGCACAAAUAAUAAAAAUAUUGGAAUAUAAUUUCUUCCUCUGUGUGGAAGGAGCAGAUAUUCAGAACCCAUUCUCACAUAAAAUAUUCGAAGUAGGCAAUCAUGGAAGGAGAGAGGAGAGUGCUGUCUUUAAAAAUAAGAAGGGAAUCAUUUAUACUUUAUUCCCAGAUUUAAAAUGUAUACAUAAAAGCAUUUGCAAGCUUUACUGAACUACUUGUCAGUUUUCUGUUUCCUUUAGAUAUAAGUCUACCUCCCUCUGUCUUGAAGACUAACUUUCUUAUCAUGAUUCAUCUGGACAGAGCUGAGGCAAUAUUUUGUUGGCGCGACUGGUGUGCAGUUAAGUUUAUGGCCCCAUUCGUGCAAUGGAAGCUGCAAGCACCUCUUUCAUUACUAUUUGAUAAGUAACUUGAGGCCCACAGGUGGAUGUCACUAUGGAAACAUGAGUGAUUAUUAUAGACACCAACAAAACAGGAAUGGACGCUUCCAUGAGGCAUCAGCAUCCCUCAGAUUAUUGAAGGCUGUUUUGGGGAAAAGCAAGAAUAAUUUCAAUAACAUUUCUUCUUUGCUGAAAGCUCAGGCUGGUGCCUGAAAAAAACUGCUCUCUCUAAAUGUUAUUUUACUUUGGUUUAUUUUCUUGUGCACCUCUGACUUGAGAAGCAGUGGGGAAUCCGCAUGAAUGCUGCGGGCCUUCAGGACUGCGUGGCAACCUGCCCUCCCAGGAGCACUGGGGGACACUUUGGUCUUCAAAGUGCGAACAGCAUAGCUUCUUGGGCUGUCGUAUGAUUGUUUCUAGUGUCUUGUUGGGGACACUUCAGCAACCACAAAGCCAGGGCACAGAAAUCACUGUGGGCAUGGAAAAAUGCUUUUCUCUCGGGACAAGCCUACGACUGCCCCUGGCCAGAGUCCCCUCUGUGCUACAGAGGCCAAGUAGAAAUAACGAUGAAGAAAGGGCACUCUCCCUGCGCCAGCAACAGCCUCGCAGGCAGCUCGCCGCACGGCCCCCAACCAGACCCAGCAGCCUUUGGGGAUGUCACCACCAGCGCUGCGCGGCUCGGAGCUGCCCGGCCCGGGGCCACCGGGGGCCACCACCGGGGUCCGCCCGGAUCCCCCUGCCCAAGGUCACCCCGACCGCCGCGCUGUGACGUCACGGCCCCUCACUCACGGCGCUGAUGACGCCACACGGGGCAGCCCCACUGCCGGCACUCCCCCCCCCCACUCCCCGCCCGCGCUGCCCCCCGCGCCUGGCGGAGCCGGGGAGGGACGGGGCCACGCUCCCCACCCCCGCAGCCGCGGCCUCGGCACCGCUGUCAGAGCCCGGAGCCCGCCGGGGCGUCUCUCUGGCAGCAGAUGCUUCGGUACCGCGGGGUGGGGGGUGGGAGGCAGCGCAUCCGUCCGUCCUUCUGUCUGUCUGUCCAUCCGUCCGUCCCUGCGUGGGCGGCGGCUCGUGGGCGUGUGUGUGACUGACACUGCGGCGGGGCAACCGCCCUCCCGCGGGGAACCGGGGGGCUGGGAGGGGGGACGACGACAACGCCGGCGCCCCCCGGCUGCGGCAGCCCCGUCUCCGUCCCCCGCAGCCCUCCCCGGCGGGAGCAACCUCAGCGGCCUCGCUGCUCCUCCUCCCUCCUGGCGGCAUCAGCCAAAAUGAACAAAGAAGUUUGGAAAAUAAUCUGCAAAGGAGCAUGGCACCCCAGAAAAGGCUGCAGCAUGAACGGCGAUGCCUAUUACAUGUCAAAGAAUCCAAGCACAGAGGACUGCCAUCUUGAAGCACACAAGUUCAUAAAAAUCAGGUUUCUUUGGGUCCAUUGCUUAUUUGCUUUGUUUGCUUUUAUGUGAGAAAUGUGAUGAACUUUUCUAUUUUAACCAAACAUUAAACCAGAAGACAGACUCAAAAAGCUCAGUAAUGUAAUAUUUUAUCAUUUCCUUCUUUCUCUAAGAUAUUAUUGUUAUAAUGCAUCAUCAGCUUCCACUGCCAGUUCUUUAGAUUCAGAAGGAGAGAGUAAUUUGUCAUGUGCUUGUAAAGCAGCCAGUACACUCCAGUCUCCAGGCAGAUCCUGGCACGGUAGUCAUAUAAGGAGUAGUAAGUAGUUCUCUGGGCGACACAGCAAACACUUUUGUUGCUGUGUUGACCAAAAAACAGACCAAAAAAUUACAAGCCAUUUUUGUGGCAUCGCAUAAGCUGAGUAGUACCUGAGCUACUUCCCUGAGUCCAUGGACGUUUUUAGAGGCAAACAUCCACGGUGACUGCCAGGGCAGCUUGUGAAAGUCACAGUUGCUUUGAUGUAGGUAGCGGUGUCAGUCAUCUCUUGUGCAACUGUGGGAAGGGAGCCUGUGCCCAGAAUCCCCAGUCACAGUGUCUGUCCCGGCAUCGGGUUGCACUGCAGGCUUUGGAAGACCAAAAAGCAAUUGAGAGAGGCCCACUACACCAAGCAGAGGGGAGAGUGAACACCAAGCAGUGACUCUUGGGUCUACGAGCAAAGGGGACUUUGGUACAAAUGCCCAUGGUCAAACUGAUGGUCACUUCCAGGCAGGCCCACAAUUACAGGACUGCAAUUGUUUAAAUUAGGGUCUUUCAAGCUGCUGUUGCUGAAAUCAAAACUUUAUGCUUGGCAUUAUAGCAGUGGUAAGCUGUCUUCAAUAUUGAAACACUUUGUGUGCCCUGAAGAAAAUCAUAGGCCAUAGAGGAUCUCAGAUGGUUCAUGUAAAAUGCAGAAGAACAUGGCUGAAUUGUCUUUUACAGUGAAAUAUUCACAGUUCACAUACUGUUAUGUAGAAUGUCAAAAGUUCAAAAGGAGAGCUGAAACAAUAGAUGCAUGAAGAUAUAACUGAUACUGUUUUUUCAUUGCAUAGUUCUAUUUCCAUCACUGAUGUGCCUUAACUUCAAUGAAUGUCAUUAUAGAAUUUCUUCAUUUAUAAACGUAUACAAUACAUAUUACAGACAAAUUUUACAGUGAUGUAUGUAAUAAAUC